UUUUCAAUUUAUUACAAAGUGACACUGUUGAAAAUUUAAGACCCUCUACCAGCUUUCAACUUGUCGCAUUUCCAACUCUGAAUGAUGGAUAUGCAAUUGUGUAUGCUAACUCGACUAAUAACUAUACAGCUUUUGACCCGAUAUCUGAUCAACUUACCGCAAAAGCAGGAAUAUACGCAAUAUUAUUAACUUAUAAUCAAACAAAAUCAAGCCAAAGAACCAUUUUAUAUGAAAUGACUACUCCUAAUAUAACGUUUGCCGACUUGCAUUGCUCGGUAGAUUACGUUUUCAUUGGUCAUAUAUGCACUAUACGCGCACUACGAACAAUUUUGAACCCACCGCCCACUGUCAAUGUCACGUAUUCAAACGUAACCACAACCACAGUUGCUAGCGCUACGACGACUGCGGCUGUACAAGUUAUCACUCCAGUUAAUGUCACUGUGGUUAACAACACUGCUCCGCUUAAUAUAACUAUAAAUCCAUUUUAUUUCAGAAUACGUUUUCUUUCCACUGGCUCUGUAAUGUCAUUAAAUCCAAUAUUCAACAUAUCUUUUGAUGCCUUUGAAUUGCUUAGAAACUUGCCUCAUGGGGGAUAUACACAUGUAACACGACAAGUUAAUAUUACUAGAGAAUCUUUAAAUUUCAGCUUUAGUCUUUAUGAUGAAUAUGAUAAGCCACCAUCCAAUAAUUGGGUGUUUCCACAGCUGCCAAUUCUCUCAAAUCUAUAUGGUGCAUUUCUUAUAUUAGACAAUAAUACCAUGUUAGUGGCACUAAAUGAAUCAACCAGUGCUUGGAGACUUCUUGCGAUAGAUCUUCCGCUACUUGCUCCGCCUCCACGUGCUGAUAAUGGUUAUGGUAAUUUACAAAUAAGUUCAACAUAUCCUCAACUAAACGCUAAUGGCCUGCCCUUGAAUACCGAUAUGAUCAACGUUACGUUCUUUGAUCGCAUUUCGUUUUCAAAUGGCAAUUUAACAAUUUACCAGAAAAUUGGCGAAACUAAUGUUCCUCGAUUGUUGAUUAAUUCAAGAACUUGUGAUUCUAGUGUAUGCAUUUCUUCAAAUACCUCCAUUAGCCUCACAAUUUUUGCGUGCAUCUUCAAUGAUCCGGGCGGUGAUAUCCGUGGAAAACUACGGUUAACAGCAAGUGGAUCUACAUAUUUUAAACAAUUAAUAUCUAAUUCUGGAGUAGAUCAAUUUUUUACUGAAUUAAUAAAAGAUCUCUUAAUUAUAAUUCCCACUGAGCAAGGAAGAUUAGAUUCAAAUAAACAUUAUCAAAUUGAUUCAUCUUCACCCAAUGCUAAUCAAUUUCUUAUCUCACUUACCAUUUAUGAGAUGAGGAAUGGCAACAAAAAGAAUUCUACUGCAAUCAAAGAUGAUCUAAACCAACUAAUAAGAAAUAAAGGUGUUACAGCCAUAUCAUUAUUUGGAAAUAAAACAACUCUGCUAGACAGUGAAUAUGGUUUUCAACAAGCCGCCUUUUCAAUAAUAUUUUUGGGAAAAGAUGAAUUCAAAACAUGGUUUACAAAAUACGGAAGGGCUGCUACUUCAUUUGCAUUGUUAUCUGGUACAAAUAUUGAUGUAAUGUUAAUAUUAAAAUCGAAUUUGAUGGAUCUUGAACUUUUCCGGGCUCCAUUAUCAGAUAAAGCAGUAACAUCAAUUUUUUGGGGAUCUUGCGCUGACAUAAUUCUGCAAGAUAUACCACAAUUUGUUAUUCAGAUACUUUAUGUACUUUCUAGUGUCGAAUACGAAAUUCUUCCAUUGUUCGCUUUAAUAGCUUCGGGUCUUUCAACUCUUUCAAAUGUGCUUAGUAAAUUAUUCUUUAUUAAAUUUGAUACAUAUUCACCUUAUUUAAGUAAUUUUUAUGAUCAUCAUAUGGUCGGAUCAAGCAGUCAAGAUGAGAAAAAAAGUGACUCUG